UCGUUGUUUAUGGUAGAAAACUAUGUCAGGUCAAAACAAUUGGAAUAAUUCUGAACUACAAGUUGAGGAAAUUAGCAGUGGCACACGUUCAUCACAAGAGACACUUUGCAACCCAGAUAACUUUGCAGAAGAUGGCAGUGCUCAACAAGCAUCAAACACACCAGCAUUCCAAAAUGGGACCAAUUCCAACAAUUUGUUUGGGAGUACGAACAAUGAAAAUACCAUGUCUGAAGUGGGCGAGACAAGGCAAAGGAAGUCUUCCGAACGACAGGACUCCCUGAAUCAGUUGACGUUACCUCUAGAUUUUGAUACAGAGCUGCUCAUGGAUGAGGACACACAGAUGUUUUAUGAAGGAAGUCCCGCCGUAGAAAGUCCUCGGGAUGUAACUAGUCCUGGUGAGCCAGGUGAUGUUAGCAGUCCAUACGAUGGAGCAAUGGAGUCCGACUUCGAUGAUUCUAUUUUUCCUGGUGCGAAUGCAAAUGGACGACGGGCUUUCCCAUCAUGGAACACCGCCAUGAGCAGAACUACCACAGGUGGAUCAUCUGAUGAUGAUGAAUAUUCAUCUUGCGGGAGUAAAAAGAAGAGACGCAGGACCAGACGGGAUGUCCCGGUCCUGUAUUCAGAUAGAUAUUAUUGUGGAUCACAAAACAGCUCGCAAAUUCCCUCUCCAUCUCCCUCCGGAGGCAACGAAAACGAGGAUUUAAACAUGGCUGCUGUUCCGCAGAUAUUGCGCAACAGACAGCCAGCGAAUUUUUCGCUCAGUAACAAUUCCGAUUCAAGUUUAUAUGCCACGAUUAUUAAUGCGAAUAACAGGAGGAUGUCAAAUGCAUCAGAAAGUAGCCAAGGAGGAAACUUUUCAAGGGAUGGUCAGAUGUUGCCAACGGAGAGUCCUGCAAGUUUAUCCUACAGUGCUGACACUUCAUUAAACAUAGCCGACAACGAAAUUGUAAAAAAGAUUUCAACAAGUCGACGUCGGCCCACGCAUCACCACCAUAAAAACGCAGUACAGGACACUGACGUGCCUGCUCUCAAUGUUAACCACCCUUCAUCAGCAUGUGGGUGCUCACUUAGCAUUGUAAAUCAACCUGAACCACAGCACCGAGCACGCUAUCUCACAGAGGGAAGCCGUGGUCCUGUAAAGGACAGCUCGCAGCAAGGCUACCCACAAAUUGAAUUGAAGGGAUAUACGGGAAAGACCACUUUACUCGUUUACGUAGGAUCCGAGUCGGACGACAAAAUCCGUCCACACGGCUUCUACCAAGCCUGUAAAGUGACGGGCAGAAACACGACCGCUUGUGAAGAAGUGGAAGUUGAAGGAACAAAAGUCAUUCACAUUCCAUUUGAUGCACAAGAAAUAAUAAGUGUGGAUUGUGUUGGUAUCUUGAAACUACGUAAUGCUGAUGUUGAGGCGCGUAUUGGGAUCAGUCGCGCAAAGAAAAGAAGUCAAACCGUUCGUUUGGUUUUCCGAGUAAUCCUAAACGACAUAGAGCGUAGUGAUGGCUGCACGCCACCCCUUGUUUUACAAGUUGUUUCAAACCGAAUCAACUGCACUCAGCCUCUCGGCCAGCCAGAAAUUACUAAGAAAAGUUUGGACCGUUGUUCAGUGGAAGGGGGCGUGGAAAUGUUUAUUAUUGGAAGAAACUUUCACCGUGGAAUAAAAGUUGUUUUCCAAGACCCCGAAGAAACGGAUGGCAGCCAUUGGCAAACCACCGGUCAGUUGGAUAAAGAUACUUUCAAUCAGAGUCACAUGGUAGUGCGUGUGCCUGCCUACCAUGAUCCUACCAUCACAAAACCUAUUAAUGUUCAAGUAUAUGUUGAACACAAUGGUAGGAAAUGUGAUCCUCACAGUUUCACAUACGAUCCCCUCCCACCAGCUAUACAGCCAUCUACAGCAGAGAACAUGUCCUGUGAAACAAACAUCAGAGGAGCAGCUGAUCCAGUAAAAGCUAUCCUUGAAGGAAAGUUGGACAAGAAAUUAUUGGAAGCACUUUUUGCUCGACUUCUAACUUCUACUGAUGUUGAUACGAAAGAUGUGAAACCUUUGCAGAAGGAAAAAGAAUUAGCAAUCGGAGUAACUUCUGCAUUCAACCCCAUACAACCCCAAGCCAACCCAGCAGUUCUAAGCCAACCAUUAAGUUUCACAACAGGUGUCCCAGUGUUCGGUCAAGUUUCGAAGCCAGUUCCAACACAGUCGGUUGCCGGCUCUGCAAUGCAUAACCAGGGUUUGCUAAAACCGAACACUUUUACUCUCAACCACUCGCUUCUCACCAGCGUGAAGCCAACCCCUUUGUUCUCCAACACCAACAAUUCAUCUUUUGUGACAUCACAACCAUUGAAUAAUGCAGGGGAUCAGAUGAAGCAGACCUUGUUCCAAAAUCCGGAAAAUACGCAGAACUUUCCAAGUUCCACUCCCGGACUCGGUUCGUUUGUAAUUAAAACUGAAAACCCAAGUUCGGAGCCCGGUUUUCCCAACCAACCCCUGCAAGUGUCAAACACAACGUACACACCUGGCAAUGCUGCCACUUGUGGUGGAAUGUGUCAGAAUUAUAACCCAGCCGUUACAAUGUCGACACAAACAAUCGCGCACAGCAACGUGGCUAACUCCAUGAUCCCUCAAGUCAACCAAGAUGGCGCUUUCUUCAAGCUUUCGAGCACUACGAAUACCUCUGCUGGCCAACAGAACCUGUGGCAGCAGCAAACAAACACUUCCAUUGCUGAUGAAGCAAGUAAUGCCUCCACCAUCACCACAUUUACGUUUCCUGUGGUUUCCACAGCCCCGCCACUAUUCACUAUAUCACUAGCUCAACCGCUGAGCUUUGCCCAAACCACAGUAGUGUCAGGGGCUUCGUUAUCCUACCAACAACCCGGCUACACCAUGAAUACCAUGGUCACCAGUGCAAUGCCGGCAAUGCAUAUAAAUGUCCCACCUCAAAGCACCUGGAACCCCACACAGAACGUUCAGUCUGGUGCGCAGAUAAACUGCAAUCAACACUUGCUGACCACAGCAAAUACAUCAUCUGUAAUUAAUCCUGUAGUUGCUGAACAAGCAAACCAGAACAACAUGUUCACCCAGGACCAAUUAGCGCAAGCGAAUACAUCUGUAAACUCUUCCAUUUUAACACAAGCCCUUAUGCAACAAAAUGUUGCAAUUGGGGGUACACAGAUUGUGCAGCAAAGCGCUGCUAACAUGGGGAAUACAUUUAACAACAUACAGCCCAACAAUAGCUUCACUUCACAAACAAUACCACAGCAGACUGCCACAGCACUGAACAACAGUUUCAACUCAAAUGACAAUGGUUACAACAAUAACAGCCCUUCCGCGCUUGUAAACAGCAAUCCAGUUGCCAUAAACCAGCCCCAGCAAAACCCUACCCACAGCGGUGUAACUUCUCCCUUUACUCAUGUAAACCCAGGCCUAAAUUUCGGGAACGAUCAAAACCAACAGCAAGUUUAUACAGUUUCCGAGUCUCUGCAGAUUUUGGAUCAAGCCAAGCCCUCUAUUACAGCUAACCUGGACAUGAGGACAAGUACGCCUCUACAGCACCAGGAGAAUUACACAGGACCUAUACUGUUGAGUCCGACCAGCGUUUCUGGUGACGAGUCUCGUAACUUACCUGAAGCAUUAAGCAGUCCCAUUGUAUCAGCAGACACCGGUCUUUCCAUAGGUUUCGGGACAAAUUUAUCGCUUACCGAACCUGUGGAACUAAACUCUUCCCAGAACGUCCCCGAGGUCCUCCAGUCUAUUAUCUCUGACUGUACGAACCCUUCCGUGUCUUCCCUAGAUGGUGACAAUGCUACAAUGCUGCAUAUGAUAGACCAGAACAGUUUCCCCCCUGCGAGCAUGUUUAACAAUGUAACAGCUGCAGCUUCUAAUACCCAGUUACCGCCAUCAAACAACAACCAGCAGCAAAUACAGUUCCAGCAGCCAGGAGUGGAGAUGGUUCAAAUGAUGCAGACGCAAGCAGCUCCUUCUCCUGUUCCAUUCAACGAAGUACAGAAGGAUGAACCACAACACAUGAGCAUUGGUGAUCUGUCUACUCUAAUCACACCAGAGGUUAUGGACACCAACAUAUACUUGGUGAACCCAAUGUCCAUACAACCAAUGCAAACCAGCAAUCAACUGGUUGUAGGUACAGCACCCGCCACUUCCACACAGAUAGUGUUUUCUGCAACAACUCCAACCAACCCCCCACCCUUGUAUAAUGAGCAACACAUACAACAGGAUGUGUCUUCUCAGCUCAACAACCCGGAAAUUAAGAGUGUACCAACAUAUGACACACUUGAUGUAAAUGCAUUGUCAAGCGAUGUUGAAAACUUCGUUGCCCAUUCACAACAACAGCAGCAACAACAGCAGGCUCAAUGCAUUCACAUUACAUCAGUGUUUGUCCAACAUGACACCACAGCUACUUGUAGCAAAGCAUCUCCUUACACCUGUUUUAGAGACCGGCACUUUUAAUUCACACUUUGCGAACUGUGGACCUUUUUUAGCCAACUCUAUUUAUUUUUCCUAUACAGUUCUCUUUACUGUUUUCUACACUGGCGCUAUACACCGCUGUAGGUUUCUGUUACAGCGACACGCUAUAUAGUCCUCCCACACAGUUCAGUGCUCACUACUAAUGUAGAUAUCCACACAGAACUUGUGUAGUGCCAAACGUUUAUGUUCCAAGCAAAUUUUAUUUACAAUUUACGCCGUAAAAAGGCUGAUUCGUACAAGAGUGUCAUCCGUCAGUUUCAAGAUCGGCAGUUUUACUUGUGUUUAACCUGCAGUUUAUUUAUUAUACGGUCGAUUAGGAUUCGACUACUGGUGCAUAUUUUUCUAAGUUUCCAUUAGGCACCGCAGCCUUUUGUUGCAGCGCCUAACAUAACAGCUAAACCUCGCAUUCUGGUUAAAACAACACUUUCAGCUCACCGAUUUGUCUCCACAAUCGAAUGUACCUUUGCUUAACUUGCGUACUCUUGCCACCACUCUUUAUUGUGAUAAUUGCAACUCGAGAGCGGACCAACCGUUAAAUUCUAGAGUAGGCCACUGUGGAAUUCCUCAUGUUUGCGACAUUUGACUGUCGCUGGCGAUUUAACGUUCAGUUCAAAUGCAAUAUAUCAGCUUCGUGCAUGUUACGGGCACCACGUUUUUUACCUUCACGACGAUGCCCUUGUCGUUUAUACAAAGCUGUCGCGAGAAACUGCGAUUUCCUAUAUUUAUAUGCUCGGCAAUGCUACGCUGAAUAAUAUUUAUUCUUUCAUUUACUCGAUCAUGCUGUAUAUUUAUAAUAACCUCUGUAUUAUAAACGGUCCGCUCACGCAAAGUUCAGUUCGCAUGCAGACACAAAAAGGCAAAACAAACCCAGUGAUUACAUUAGCAUGCUCAUGGUAGGACAUCCUGGAUUGGUUGGCAAACCGUAAACAAUCAUCUGCUUGCAACUGCAUUAUUCACGUGUAAACACUGUACAGCACGUUAACUGUUUUUAAAGCAUUUCACUUGUUUUCCGGCUACUUAUACGUAAAACCAGUUAUAACAGGUAACUUUUUAAUACUUUUACGGUCAUAAAACGGUAAUUGGCCAGCGUUAAACACGUUAGUCGAAUACACUUACUAAUUUUUUGGUUUCGUGUUCGGUUUCUUUUGUUCCAAAUUUGUUAUAAAGCGAAUGUUAUUCACUUUUUGCUAUCAUUUUGUACAUGAUAAUAAACCUAAAUCUCCGCCAAA